AUGACGAAUAAUACCACUACUUCUUCCUCUGAUGGAUUCACACCUUUCUCCAUCGACCCUUCUCACCCGUUUUAUAUUCACCCAUCCAAUAAUCCUAACACUCCUCUAGUUUCUCCUUCCUUUGACAGAAACGAUUUCGUUGCCUGGAGGAGGAACAUGCCUGCCCUCAGCCAAAAACAAGCUCGGCAUAAUCACUGGGAGGAAUCCCCAACCACCAGAAAAUUUCCCAUGGGAACGGAUUUCAAUGAACGUUUUGGACAAUCAAAUGGUUUCAAAUACAUUCAAAUCCAUCGAGAAAUUAGUUCUACCACGCAGGGUUCCUCAAAUAUAGCAACUUAUUUCACAAAGUUAUGGAGUUUAUGGGAUGAACUUUAUACAUCUUAUGUAGGGCCCAACUUCACAUGUGGUGCUUUAUCAAAAUUGCUGGAAGAGCAACAACUAUUUCAGUUCCUAAGUGGUUUAAAUAAAUGUUACUCAUCUUGCAAAACCAACAUCUUGAUGAUGUCUCCUUUGCCCUGUAAGGCAUAUUCCAAGUUGCAAUAUGAUGAACAUCAAAAGGAACAUUCACCACACAUUCCUAGUUUUUCAAAUGAUUUUGCUUCUUUCCUAUCAUCCACUAGCUUUUCUAAUUCUUAUAGGAAAAAUAUUCACGCUGGUUCCAAUCUUAGAAUUCCCUUUGACUCAAGAAGAAGGCACACUGAUUAUAAUCAGAGGAUCCAGUUUGAGUCCAGAAAAGGGAAUUAUGCUGUUAAUACUAUUGACCGCUGCAAAUACUACAAAAGACCUGGUCAUGUUAUUAAUGAUUGUCAUAGAAUUCAUGGGUUCCCAGCAGAUUUUAAAUUUACUAAGAACAAGAAAGCUUCAACAUCCUGUGUGCAGAAUGCAAAAUCUGCAUCUGAAUCUGGUUCUUUAUCAUCUAUUCCUGCUGGUUUUAACAAUGACCAAUAUCAACACUAUUAA